AUUCGGAUUCAUCGAGAGUGGGGUCGUCUCUCUUGUACGCAUUCUCUCUCUCUCUCUAGUGAUCGCACGAGGGAGGGACUGGAUAAUAGCAGAUCCGGACUGGUUUGAACUUGAAGUAAUUUCAUGGAAUUUCCAGACGGUCUCUAUGAUUUUGUGUUCUAGGGUUCUGAAAUCUCGGGGCAAAAGAAAAAAAUAUACACGGAGAAUAAAAAGCUACAGUAUUUGUUAAUGGAGGAAUCUGUUAUAGAGGUGCUUUAUGAGACACGGUGUCAUGCUUCAAGGCCUUUCGUUUCCAAUUAUCCUCCGCAACAGCUAAAUGAAGGCAAUAAAGGUGGUUUAUUGUCCUUGAUAGGUCUAUCUCAACUUAAGGAGAAAUGGGACAAAUAUAAAAAUCCCAAAAGACUGAACAAAUUGGUAUCCUUAUUUAUCUCUCCGAGUGGUGAAUAUGUUGCUAUAGCUGUUGGAAGUCAAAUAACAAUCUUGCAGAAAGGUGAUGACUAUAAGGAGCCAUGCGGCAGCUUUACCAUUGACAAAGUUGCUGCAUUCAGACAUGGAGCUUGGUCAGAAUCUCAUGACGUUCUUGGAGUUAUUGAUGAAAUGAAUGUGCUCUAUUUUAUCAAAUCAAAUGGAGAAGAGAUAACAAGGGUAACAAAAGGGCAGCUAAAAGCACCUGUACCAAUUAUUGGCCUUUUUGCAGAGAAUGAUCCUGGUGCUAAGAGUUCCUUGUGUAGAUUCAAUAUUCUCACAUCAGAUGGUGCCCUUCACCCCAUCGAGGUUAGUCGGCAGCCAAAUGUAUCUGUUUCUUCAAUUGCAACUUCAAAUAAUCAUUCAACUCUAAAGAAACACUUCCCUCAAGACAUUUCAUGUGUGGAUUUCCAUCCAGAACUUUCUUUGCUAGUUAUAGUUGGUACCACUGAGAAUUACAGAGGAAAUUCUGGAUCCUAUUAUCUUUCUCUGUGGCGAAGAACCAUGAACUUAGAUCUAGAGCUACUGUUCUGUAGUUCGCAUUUUGAAGGCUUCUUUUCUGCACCAAAAGGUUUUGUGGGUCAUUUGACAACUCCAAAAGUGCUAAUGUCACCCAAAGGCAAUUAUGUUGCUGUCUUAGACUUGAAAGGUGGUCUGGACAUUUUUAACCUGGACCAUCAGUACCGCUCUCUCUCAGUUAUUGAUUUAGGUGAGAAAAGCUAUUCAGAACAGACCAAUGUUCCAAAUGCAAGAAACAGAUGCUUUACUGAUGUCAUAGAUUUCACCUGGUGGUCUAAUCAUAUUGUUAUUCUUGCGAAGAGGAAUGGUGCUCUAACCAUGAUUGACAUCCCUGGUGGAAUAAAACUUCUGGAGAAUGAUCCAGUGUUUUCUAUGCCUGUUUUAGAAAGAGCCCAGCAAAGUCAUGGUCAUGUUUUUAUUUUAGAUAGUAUCCCAUCUAAUAAGAAAUAUUCACAGGUUCAGGAGGAAAAUGAAAGUCAUGGCAGGUUUGAUCAGUUAGAUAUUUUUAAAUUUUCCUGGAGCUUGAUGUCAUUGUCAGAGAAAUCUGUUUCAGAAAUGUAUAAUAUAUUACUUAGUAGACAAGAAUAUCAGGCUGCCAUGAACUUUGCUAAUCGUCAUGGGCUUGACAAAGAUGAAAUAUUCAAAUCACAGUGGCUGCAAUCUGAAUGUGGAAGAAAUGAAAUUAAUAUGUUCCUGUCAAAUAUCAAGGAUCAAGGAUUUGUGCUUUCAGAAUGUCUGGAUAAAGUUGGGGUAAGUGAAGAUGCUGUCAAAGCUUUGCUUGCAUAUGGGCUUCACAUCACAGACCAAUACAGGUUUUCUGAACUAGAAGACGAUGAAUGCAGCCAGAUUUGGGAUUUCCGUAUGGUUAGGCUUCAGUUAUUGCAAUUUAGAGACAGGCUAGAGACAUUUAUUGGGAUAAAUAUGGGCAGGUUUUCUGUACAGGAAUAUAGCAAAUUUCGGACAGUGCUUCUUAAUGAAGUUGCUAUAAAUCUUGCUGAGAAUGGUAAAAUUGGAGCCUUAAACCUGCUUUUCAAGCGUCAUCCAUAUUCAUUGGCUCCUUAUUUGUUGGACAUUCUAGCUGCCAUUCCUGAAACAGUUCCUGUUCAGACGUAUGCACAGCUUCUUCCAGGGAGAUCUCCUACAACUGUUUCUCUGAGGGAAAAAGAUUGGGUUGAAUGUGAAAAAACAGUAAGUUACAUUAAAAAAUUUACCAAGGAUCAAGGAAGUGCCGCCAAGAUUAGAACUGAGCCCAUUGUUAAGCAAUGCUUUGGAUUUGUUUGGCCUUCAGUAGAUGAGCUUCAUAUGUGGUACAAGAAAAGAUCUAGAGAUAUUGAUAGUUCUAGUGGGCAGCUUGAAAAUUGCCUCUGUAUGGUGGAAUUUGCUUGUCACAAGGGUAUCGUGGAGUUGCAGCAGUUCCAUGAUGACGUGUCAUACUUGCACAAUCUUAUUUAUACUAAUGGAAGUGAUGAAGAAAUAAAUAUCACCAUGAAUCUUGCCACAUGGGAGCAGUUGCCUGACUAUGAAAAGUUCAAGAUGAUGCUUAAGGGAGUCAAAGAUGAUAAAAUUGUGGAAAGAUUACGUGAGAAAGCUAUUCUAUUUAUGAAGCAUAGAUCUCCUGCAAAGGUUUCAGCAUCUGAAGGUCAAAUCAUAGAUGAUCAGAAGCAUAGUGACUCGUUCCUGGUUAGAUGGCUCAUAGAUGCUGCUUCAGAGAAUAAAUUAGAUAUAUGCUUCAUGGUCAUCGAAGAAGGUUGUGGAGACUUUCAGACAAGUAGCUUUUUUAGGGAUGAAGUUGAAGCUGUAGAGUGUACCUUGAAGUGCAUAUAUGUGUGCACUCUUACAGACAAGUGGAAUGCAAUGGACUCCAUUUUAUCAAAGCUUCCACAGAUAAGAGCUACAGAUACACAUACUGAGAGCCUUGAAAGAAGGAUUAAACUUGCAAAAGGUCAUGUCGAAACUGGGAGACUUUUGGCAUAUUACCAGGUCCCAAAACCAAUGAGUUUUUUCCUAGAAGCUUCUUCGGAUGAAAAGUGUGUGAAACAGAUACUUCGUCUUAUUCUCUCAAAAUUUGGCCGUCGUCAUCCUGGCCGAUCAGAUAAUGACUGGGCAAACAUGUGGCGUGAUAUGCAAUGCUUUCAAGAAAAGGCAUUUCCUUUUCUAGACAUUGAGUAUUUGUUGACAGAAUUCUGUAGGGGACUGCUAAAAGCUGGGAAAUUUUCUCUUGCAAGGAAUUAUUUAAAGGGAACUGGUACAGUUGCUUUAGCAACAGAGAGGGCAGAAAGUCUUGUUAUUCAAGCUGCAAAGGACUAUUUUUUCUCAGCUUCAAGUCUUGCCUGUACAGAAAUUUGGAAAGCUAAAGAGUGUUUAAGCAUCUUUCCAAGUAGCAAAGCCGUUAAAGAAGAGGCUGAUAUCAUAGAUGCACUAACCAUUAAACUUCCAAAUCUUGGAGUGACUCUUCUACCAAUGCAGUUUAAGCAAAUAAGCAACAAAAUGGAGAUCAUUAAGAUGGCAAUUACAAGCCAGAGUGGAGCAUAUCUUAAUGUAGAUGAACUUAUUGAAAUUGCUAAGCUUCUUGGUUUGAGAUCCCAGGAUCAGAUAGCAGCAGUGCAAGAAGCCGUGGCAAGGGAAGCUGCAGUUGCUGGUGAUCUGCAACUGGCCUUUGAUCUCUGCCUUGUCUUGGCUAGAACAGGACAUGGAGCAAUUUGGGACUUGUGUGCUGCAAUAGCAAGAGGCCCAGUACUUGAAAAUAUGGAAAUAAGUUCUCGGAGGCAGCUAUUAGGUUUUGCUUUGAGCCAUUGUGAUGAGCAAUCAGUUGGUGAGCUUCUACAUGCAUGGAAAGAUCUAGAUAUCCAAAGUCAAUGUGAAUCAUUAAUAAUUUUGACAGGGACAAAUCCUCAAGAUGUCUCUAUCCAAGAUUCUUCAAUCAGUUCAGUUUCAGCCCACAAUACCGAGGACAAAGUGGAUCUAAGAAACUGUUCUGGAGUGGUAGAACAUACUAAUAAUGAGGUUCAUUUUAGAAGUAUCAAAAACAUGCUUUCUACUGUUGCAAAGGAGUUGCCUAUUAAGGAAUGGACAAAUUGGGAUUCUUUUUUGAGAGAAAAUGGAAAAAUCCUAUCUUUUGCUGCUCUGCAACUCCCAUGGCUGCUGGAAUUGAGUAGAGGGGUGGAGUAUGGGAAAACAAGUAUUCCUAGUGCAAAAAAUCCUGAUGCAAAGCAGUAUAUCAGCGUGAGAACACAAGCUGUGGUGUGUAUUCUGUCGUGGUUGGCAAGGAAUAAUAUUGCCCCCAGUGACAAUCUAAUUGGCUCUCUAGCAAAAUCAGUAAUGGAACCGCCAUUUACUGAGGAUGAAGAUAUUCUAGGCUGCUCCUUCCUUUUAAAUCUCGUAGAUGCAUUUAAUGGAGUGGAAAUAAUAGAGGAGCAAUUGAGAAGCAGGGAAAAAUACCAUGAAAUCUGUAGCAUCAUGAACAUGGGAAUGGUAUAUAGUUCUUUACACAAUGCCAGUGUUGAGUGUAGAGGUCCUAUUCAGAGAAGAGAAUUGCUCCUGGGGAAGUUUCAAGAGAAACACACACCACUCAGUUCAGAUGAAAUAAUCAUGAUUGACAAAGAACAAUCAACCUUCUGGAGAGAAUGGAAGUCAAAAUUGGAGGAGAAGAAGCAUAUCGCAGACCGAUCAAGGGAACUAGAGCAAAUAAUUCCUGGGGUGGAAACUGCACGUUUUCUCUCUGGGGAUUUGGAUUACAUUGGGAGUGUUAUUUUCUCUCUAAUUGAUUCAGUAAAACUAGAAAGGAAAACUAUUUUGAAGGAUGUUCUGAAAUUAGCUGAUACUUAUGGUUUGAAUCACACCAAGGUUUUGCUGCGGUUCCUAUGUUGUGUACUUAUUUCAGAAGUUUGGGCAAAUGAUGAUGUUGCAUCUGAAAUUUCAGAUUAUAAGGAUGAAUUACUAGCAUGUUCUGCAGAUCUUGUUAAUGCCAUUUCCUCCAUUGUCUACCCUGCAAUUGAUGGGCGCAACAAGCAGCGCCUUGGUUACAUAUACAGCAUCCUCUCAGAAUGCUAUUUGCAGAUUAAUGGAGCCAAAGAGCCCCUGUCACUGAUGCACCAUGAUUCAUCACAUACCCCUAGUGUAAGCUUAAGCCAAUUUUACAAGGUUCUUGAGCAAGAAUGUGGGAGGGUUUCCUUUAUCAAGAACUUGGACUUCAAGAAUGUUGCUGGUUUAGGUGGUUUGAAUUUUGAGUGCUUCAAAGAUGAAAUUUACAAUCAUAUUGAUGAAUUUAAUGUUGAAGCUUUGGCAAAAAUGGUUCAGACACUUGCUACUGUGUAUACUAAUUCAGGGUGUCUCAUGACAUGGCAGGAUGUUUACAAACACUAUGUGCUGCGUUUGUUGACUAGUAUGGAGAAUAGACUUGAAAUGAAUAUUCAUCUUGAUAAGCCUGACAAUUUUCAGAGCUUUUUGAUUGAACUUGAGCAGAACUAUGAUGUUUGCAGGAUUUAUAUCAGAGCUCUUUCUCAAGCAGAUGCUUUGGACAUAAUGAGGCGGUACUAUACAUUAAGCAUUCCUCAUAGUGGCUCUUCUAUGAAUCAAUCAAGUGAUUUGGCAUGGUUUGAUUGCCUCAUAUUGGUUUUGAACUUUUGGAUCAGAAUGACUGAUGAUAUGCAGGAGAUUGCAUCUCAAGAGAGUUCUCUGGAUGAAAUCCCCAAGUUCAAUCCAGAGUGUCUGUUUAAAUGUCUAAAAGUGUUUGUAAACUUGGUAAUGGAGGAGAUAGUCUUGGAAGAUCAGGGCUGGGCCACUGUUCAUUCCUAUGUCAAUCAUCGCCUUAUAGAUGUAUCCCUUUUUGAGGUUUUCAGUUUCUGCAGAGCCAUGAUAGUUUCAGGCUGUGAAUUUGUUGCCAUUGCUGCUGUGUUCUCUGAAGCAGUGGCACAGUAUCUAACCAGCUCAACUUUGGGCUCAGAUAGUGUGUGUAAUCUGGAUUCUCUUCAGAAACUUCCUCAUCUUUAUGUAAACAUAUUGAACUCACUUUUGUUUGACUUGACCACUGAAUUCCUUGAUCACAAGAAUUUACAUCAUCUAUUGUCAUCUCUUAGUAAGUUGGAGGGUGAUCUAGAUGAUCUAAAGAGUGUCAGAUAUGCAGUUUGGGAAAGACUUGUUGCAUUCUCCGAUAAUAUGGAGCAGCAGAAUCAAGUCCGGGUUUAUGCACUGGAACUUAUGCAGUCCAUCAUGGGGAGAAAACUAAAGGGUCUUUCUACAGAGCUCCUUUCUGAUGUUCAACCAUGGGAAGGGUGGGAUGAGUUGCACUGUACUACUGCAAACAGUGAGACUGCUAAUCAAGGUGAGCCAAAUUAUUCAGAUGUAUCAAACAAGUUUACAAGUACUUUAGUUUCUCUUAAAUCAACUCAAUUGGCAGAGGCAAUUUCACCAGGCAUAGAAAUUACACCUGAUGAUCUUUUGACUAUAGACUCAGCAGUAUCUUGCUUCUUGAAUUUGUCCAAAGCUUCAACAACAGAAGCCCAUGUCAAUGCUCUGCAAAUGAUUUUGGGAGAAUGGGACGGGAUUUUCACCAUUGGUAGACAUGAAGAGGAUUCUGGUGAAGCAUCUGGAGCUGGGAACAACUGGAGCACUGAUGGGUGGGAUGAAGGAUGGGAAAGCUUUCAGGAAGAAGAUUCAGUUGAGAAAGAGGGGAGGAAAGAGAGAGGUAUUUCUGUUCAUCCACUACACAUCUGUUGGAUGGAAUUAAUCAGGAAACUUGUUAUGCUGUCCCGAUUUGCUGAUGUGUUAGAACUAAUGGACGAGUCUAUAUCAAAAUCUAAUGGUGUUUUGCUGGAUGAAGACGGCGCUUGGAGCAUGAGCCAGCUAAUUUCUAGCAUGGAUUGUUUUGCAGCUCUAAAAAUGGUGCUUUUACUACCUUAUGAAGCUAUUCGGUUGCAAUGCUUAAGCACAGUUGAAUCUAAGUUGAAAGAAGGCAUCCCAAACAUGACAAGUGGAGACUACGAGCUUUUUGUGCUCAUUCUAUCAUCUAGGACCAUAUCUACCAUUGCAAACAACUCCAGCUACAGCACCACUUUUUCUUAUGUCUGUUAUUUAGUUGGGCACUUCUCUCACCUCUGCCAGGAAAGUCAAUUAUCCCAGAUCAAAGGUGGAUGGAAAGAGAGAAACAAAAGCAAUGAAAAUGAUGCUUUGCUUCUAUUCAGAAGAGUUUUGUUCCCGUGUUUCAUAUCAGAGCUUGUGAAAGUGAAUCAGCAGUUUUUAGCAGGAAUCAUUGUUAGUAAAUUUAUGCAUACACAUCCUUCUCUAAGUCUUAUCAACAUUGCAGAAGCUAGUCUUAGAAGGUAUUUGGAAGGGCAGGUUCACUUGGAACAAUGUGCCAAUUCCCAUUUUGAAGAGAUAGGUUCAUAUAGAUCAUUAAGAAACAGUGUUUCCAGCUUGAGAAAUAAGUUGGAAAGUGUGAUUCAAUCUGCUUUGUCAUGCCUUUCAACUAAUGUGAAAUGAGAAGGCUAUUUACUGUUUACCUGUUGCGAAGGAAUGGUAUAUUUUUAUUGUGCAAGAAAUCAUGAAUACAAGAUUUAGAACUAGAACAAUAUAUGUUGAAAGAGUUGUCCUGCCAUACAUCACACUGCUCUGCUAAAGUGUUCCAAAGAGUGCAGGGAUCUGCAUCACAAUGACCAAAGCUAUCCAGAAUAAUAGUGACUGUUGGCCACCUGUUUGUUUGAAUUCCUCCAUCGGUCCAGCUUUUUUGCUUCAAUUUUUUUCAUGAAAUAAGCUGCUGCUGGAUGUUUGAAGAAAUGCUGGGCUGUUGACCAAUGAGUACUAAACAUAUCUUGGUCUACCUUUGUAAAGCGGGCACAUAUCUAAAUACACGGCUUGGCUUUUCGUUCA